AUGGAAUAUAUUUUAAGUAACAAAGAAAUUAAAAGAGUCAUAGAAAAAAAUGAAGUAUACUAUUCUGUUAUUGAAUUAAAUGAUGUUCUUUAUUUAAAUAACAAACUAUAUAGAAGGAUAGAACAAUUGCAAAAUUUGCAAAAUUUAAAAACGUUAUAUUUGAAUAACAAUGCUUUAGAAUACAUAAAUGGACUCGAUUGUUGUACAAAUUUAAUUGCAUUAUAUCUUAAUUGUAAUAAAAUUUCCAAAAUUGAAAACUUGGAUUCUUUAAAAAAACUAAGAAUAUUAAAUUUAGAAGAUAACAACAUAUAUGAAAUAGAAAAUCUAGAUAAUUUAAUUUAUUUAGAAGAUUUAAAUUUAAGUAACAAUUGUAUAGGAAGUAAAGGUUUUUCUAAUAUUGCAAAUUUACAAAAAAACAAAAAUUUAUCUAUUUUAAAUCUAAGCAAUAAUCAAAUAAAUGAAGACAUUUUAGAAAAUUUAGUUCAUUUAAAUAAUUUAUCAAUUUUAUAUUUAAUGAAUAAUCCAAUAUUAAUGAAAUACAAAAAUUAUAGAAAAUUAUUUAUUCAUAAACUAAAGAUAUUAACUUUUCUUGAUUAUAAACCAAUUAAAAAAGAAGAAAGAAGGUGUGUUGAAGCUUUUUUUGAAGGUGGUUUUAAAAAGGAACAAGAAGAAAUGGAAAAAAUAAAUAAACAGAAAAAAAUAAAACAUGAAAAUGCCGUAGAAUGUAUAAAAUUUCAUAAAUAA